UUGAGUUUUAACCCGAGGCAGAGCGCGAGCGGGAUCAGUGUGUGGCGGGCGCGAGCAGCCGAGCGCGGAGAGGCGCCGCCGUGGUGAACUCCCUGCCUGCCGCGCCGACCCUCCCCAGGAGCCCCGGAGCGGCCGCAGCAUGAAGCGCGCUCACCCCGAGUACAGCUCGUCGGAUAGCGAGCUGGACGAGACCGUAGAGGUGGAGAAGGAGAGUGCGGACGAAAAUGGAAACCUGAGUUCGGCUCUGGGUUCCAUGUCCCCAACCACAUCGUCCCAGAUCUUGGCCAGGAAACGACGGAGAGGCAUCAUUGAGAAGCGCCGACGAGACCGGAUCAAUAACAGUUUGUCCGAGCUGAGGAGGCUGGUACCCAGCGCCUUUGAGAAGCAGGGCUCCGCUAAGCUAGAGAAAGCCGAGAUCCUGCAGAUGACGGUGGAUCAUCUGAAAAUGCUGCACACUGCGGGAGGCAAAGGCUAUUUCGACGCGCACGCUCUGGCCAUGGACUAUCGGAGUUUGGGGUUUCGGGAAUGCCUGGCCGAAGUUGCCCGCUACCUGAGCAUCAUCGAGGGACUGGAUGCCUCCGACCCGCUCCGCGUGCGGCUGGUCUCGCAUCUCAACAACUACGCCUCGCAGCGCGAAGCCGCGAGCGGCGCCCACGCCGGCCUCGGACACAUGCCCUGGGGGAGCGCCUUUGGACACCACCCGCACAUCGCGCACCCGCUCUUGUUGCCCCAGAACGGCCACGGGAACACGGCCGCCGCGGCCUCGCCCACGGAACCACACCACCAGGGCCGGGUGCCCGCGCCGCAUCCGGAGGCGCCCGCCUUGCGAGCGCCCCCUAGCGGUGGCCUUGGACCGGUGCUCCCCGUGGUCACCUCGGCCUCCAAACUCUCGCCACCUCUGCUCUCCUCGGUGGCCUCCCUGUCGGCUUUCCCCUUCUCCUUCGGCUCCUUCCACUUGCUCUCUCCCAAUGCACUGAGCCCUUCGGCACCCACGCAGGCAGCAAACCUUGGCAAGCCCUAUAGACCCUGGGGGACAGAGAUUGGAGCCUUCUAAAGAACUGAUGCUGUAGAAUGAGGGAGGGGGAAGCUUAAAAAGACCCCAGCUGAGCUGGGCUGUUGCCAACACCACCUUAAAGGCGUCUGUAGAGGUAAAAAGGAAGAAGGUACACUUUCACAUGAAACUUUUUUUUAAAGACUAAAGGUUUGUUGGUUUACUUUUUUUCUUUUUAUUUUUUUUUCUAUCAUGCCAUGUUUUAGCAGUUUUGAAAACCUAGUUGUUAAAUAUUGUUUAAAAUAUUAAAUUCAAAUAGUGUAACUUAACACUAUGUGGUAGGUUUGUCCCGUGCCUAAUUUACCUUGUACACCAGUCUGUCUACGAAUGAUUCCGUUUUUAGCCUCAAAAGUUUUGGGAACCUUAUCAUUUAGUAUUUUGGGUCUGUUUUUUACUCCUUGUAUAGUUAUGGUCUGUCUUUAGAAUUAACUUUCCAAAUCUCGAUCUCAAUGUUAACAUGAUUUCUGUUUGUGACUAUUUUGACGGAUGAAGGUGUUGUAUAAAUAAUAUUCUUUUUGUGUGGGGGAGGGGACUAUAUUGAAUUUUAUAUUUCUGAACAAAGCGUUGACAAAUCAGAUGACAGCUUUAUCCAAGAAUGAAGACUAGUUGCUUUGGGCCCUCUCGUAGCAGUGAGGUGAAUAUGCAGACUCUCCGUGGCCCUGGAGCCAUGUGACCCGCUACUAAUAUCUGCCCCCACUCUUGCAGCUCUGGCUUAAUUGAGAGAGAGCCACUGGUAGGCGAGGUCUGCACUCGAGUGUUGCUGGGGAGGAGGAGGAAGGUAGCUGCCUAGAAUAAGACAGUGUUUGCCAGCCCAAGCAAUGCAAUGAAUUUUUAAUCCCACGGCUCUCAAAUUCGCAGAUGUCAACAUGGCUAAGGGAUCCUGGUGUGCACGUGGUCAGCUGAACAGCAGUGCAGCCUUUUAAACGUAUAACCUAAUUUUCCUGGAACUGCCGUAUUUUCUUUCAACUGGAAAUUUUUGGCUUGUGUUUUCCUCCUGGUGCAUGGAAAUGUAUGUUGAGACAUUAAAAGGGCUGUGUCGCCUUCUCCUCUUUGGGUUAUUUAAUUUGAUUUGGGUUAUAAAGGUAUCAGUUUGCAGAUUUAUUCCCUUAGCAGGUGUAGCUUCAGCGACCUCCACUGAACUGGAUUUGACCUCUCCUGUACUGAUGUGUUGUGACUAAAUAAAAAAGAA